UGUUCAUUUCGCAACCUGGAAAUGCUGAAGGGCCAGCCGCGAGUCCAGCGCGCCGAUCCAAGAAUGGCAACUGCGUCUUCCGAAAUACGCUGAAGCGCAGCUAUUUUGUAAGCCUUGGAUUUGGGUGAGGAAAGCUGCAAAAGAAAGCGAGGAGGAGCCGAAGCUAUGCUCAUGUGACCGCUGGCGGCACAGGGCUGGGGCUGCUGAGAAGUAAGCUGAAAAGCUGCCGCUUUUGCCCGUUUUUGGAACUAGGUAACAAGCGAGAGAGACCGGAGGAUUCGCUCCUCUCAAGGAUGCGAAGCCGCCUCGCCCCAAACAGAUGAUGGCGAUACGAGAGCUGAAAGUCUGUCUGCUUGGAGAUACUGGAGUUGGCAAAUCAAGUAUAGUUUGUCGAUUUGUUCAGGAUCAUUUUGACCACAAUAUUAGCCCUACUAUUGGAGCUUCUUUUAUGACUAAAACAGUCUCUUGUGGGAAUGAGCUUCAUAAAUUUCUAAUCUGGGACACAGCAGGUCAGGAGAGGUUUCAUUCACUGGCACCUAUGUACUAUCGUGGAUCAGCAGCAGCUGUUAUAGUUUAUGACAUAACUAAGCAGGAUUCAUUUCAUACACUGAAGAAGUGGGUAAAAGAAUUAAAAGAACAUGGUCCUGAAAACAUUGUAAUGGCUAUUGCUGGAAACAAGUGUGACCUUUCUGAUAUUAGGGAGGUACCUAUGAAAGAUGCCAAAGAAUAUGCAGAGUCUAUAGGUGCAAUUGUUGUUGAGACUAGUGCCAAAAAUGCAAUUAACAUUGAAGAACUCUUUCAAGCAAUCAGUCGGCAGAUUCCACCUUUAGAAACUCAUGAAAAUGGCAACAGUGGAACAAUCAAACUCAGGAAGCAGACUGCUCAGACAACACGAAGAUGCUGUUAAACAAACCAGAACUGGUUUAACGCACUUGAAAAUAAAACAAGAUCAUUUAUUUAUUGAACCACGGACUUCAGAAAGUCAACAACAUGGUACACUCUCUAAAAACAGUAGUAUCAGUAUUCUUUAUUGAUGAGAUUAGUAGGAGAAAAAUGUCCUUCCAAUGAGUUCUGCAGAAUUAUGUAGACAAUUCGUUUAAGCAGUAAACUGGUUGAAACAGUGACUCAGAUUAUUUGGAAUAAUCUGUUUAAACCUUUGACUAUUCUAAAGAAGCAAUAAGUACAUUUUUUUAACAAAUCUUUUUUUGUAUUUUCAGUAUGUUUCUCGUUAUGUAUAAUUUUACAGAAUUAUAAUGCACAGUAUUUUAAUCAAACAGAAUUAUUUUAUUUUACUGGAUUUGGCUUCUAUGAUUUUUUAGAAUUAUUUUUAAAGGUAUAAAUGAGGUACUUACACUUCUGCAUCCAAUGCAGAUAGUCUAGUGACAAUAGCAAUUCAGAUAAAUGUUAAACUGUUACUUCUGCAUUGGAAAAGCAAAAUCAUUGAAAUGCAAACACAUUUAAGUUAGAAGCAGAGGUUUUGGAUAUACUAAAUACUGCAUGUUAAAUGCAAACAGACAUUUCAUCAAAGGCCAAAAAAAAAGAGAGACCAGGAUACAUUUUCUAUUGAAUUCAUUCAGAUUUGAAAUAACUUAACACCAACCUGACAAUCUGAAUACAUCAAUUCUGUACUUGUAUUUUUUCUUGUUCUUUACCUUUAGUGCAGUUAUUUGCAUCUACAUCUUUGAUCUGUCUGUUUCUUACUUAGUAACAAUACAGAUGCAAUGUGGAGUCCAAGGAAGUUAAAAACAAUACAAUCUUUUUUAUUUGAGUCCUUUUUGUAAUAGAUUGAGUAAAGCUGAUACCAUACGAAGCUAAUGCAAACAACAACCACCACUCAUUGAAAGACCUCAGUACUGUCAGCCCUCCCAGAUACACCAGACAAGAAACACUAGAUGCCAUGACUCAGUUUCCAGACUGAGAAACUUUAUCAAUAUAUCACCAAGCAAUUUGGGGAGGACACCCUGAGGUUGGUGUGAGAGGAAUCAGUACAUUCCAGUGACUUGUUCAGACUGAGAAAGCUGCUUGGAUGAGCAGCAAAACUUCUCAAACCAACAAGGAAAUAAGUCCAGUUGCCAUGACUCAAUUUCCAGAUGACUAGAUGAACUAAUUCUACUUUAUUGUAAGGCUACAUUAAUAAAAUCUUGUAAAUCUGAAGGUACAGUGGUACCUUGGUACUCAUUAUUAAAUGGUUUGGGGGGGGCAUGACAAGUACUAAAAAUGACGAGUGCCAAACAAACCACAUGACUUACCAUGCAACCCUUUGUUUUGGCCAGGAAGGAGUUCCUGUCUCUCUCUUUUCCUAUGUCAGUGACCUUUCCAGCAUGGCCGACUUCCUGUCCGCUUUCUGCAGCUGACCCCCUCUUCCUUUUGCAGUGACAUUCCCAGUUUGGCUGACUUCCUGUCCAUUCUCCACAGCUACCCCCCCUCCCCUUUCACAAUCGCAGUUCAUCAAGUACCAGACAAAGAAUGAAUACUGGGACAAAAUUUUUGUGUCAAAAUGUGUUGCAUAGCAAAUUUAAUGAGUUUUGAAGCCGUUGAGCACCGAGGUAUCACUGUACAAACUUCUCACCACCACUGUUUAUUCCUUGAGUCUUUAAAGUGUGUUUUUUCCUAAGUUUCAUUGACUGUUAAGCACUGGGGGCUCCUGCCUUUCUUGUUGGAUUGUUUCCUAACUAGCAUAUCUUCCCCAAGGUUAUUACAUUCCAUUACAGUACUGAUACAUUUUAUUUCAUGCUUCCUUUAUUGUAAAUUGCAUAUAUACUGCUCAAAAAAAUAAAGGGAACACCUAAACAACACAAUGUACUGUAUUUAAUAAGACUAUUUCAUUCCUUCAGAUCUGGGAUGUCUUUCAGUAUUCUUGUGUUCCCUUUAUUUUUUUGAGCAGUAUAUGUUGAAGUUGCUACAUGUGCAGUAAAACUAAUAAAGAUUCCAUCAUAAAAUUUAUAAUAGUAAAAAGUGACAAAUACAGAAUUUGGAAAUUCUAUAGAUGAAUUUUUUCAUGUUCUUAAACUUAUGCAAUGAAACAAAAUCUGUCUACCUGUAUGGUCUUUUAAGAGUCAAUCCUGACUUGAUAGUACAUAAUUAAUUCUGCAUGGAUGGUACAUAAUUAGUACUGCAUAUAUGAUACUGAUCUACAGAGUAGAAUCAUAGAAGGAAUAUCAACAACUAUUUAGUUUGACUACCUGCUUGAAGUAGCAUAUUUAUAUUUCUUGUUAUUACAGAAUUGCAUGUUUAGAUAUUAUUUUGUAGAAGUUGUGGAGGCACAAAAUAUUUCUAUGUAGAAAUGAGAGGCGACACUAAUGUUUUUGCCAUCUGUAGGAUAUUCAUGUUGAAUCAUAAUUUUCAACAUAAUAUGUUUCAGGGCGGCUACAGGGAAAAAGUCCUUGAAAACUCUUUUUGAAUGAAUAGAAUAGAAUGAUUUCUGUGAAGAAGUUUUGAUGUUCAUUUUUCUAUUAUACAAUACAGACUUUUAGCUAAACCUCUGUUCUUUUGUCAGUAAAAACAGUCAAAUUAAAAUAACUGCCUAAUAUAAGAAAGUUGUGAUUAUCUUUUUUUGACAAUAAUUCCUGAAUAACUUUUUUGGGGUUGAAAUUUUUUGCCAAAAUUCAUAUCCAAUUUUGCUAAGAAGAUGUCCAUAAGAAUAAAUAGUAUAAUUUUUAGUGGAAGAGAAUUAGAAAAAAUAGUAUAUUAAAUCAUUUAGAGCUCAUUCUUUGCAAAGGGUCAGACAAAUAUUUACUUCUAUACACAGCACAGCGGCUUAUAAGAAAAGAAAGUAAAUAUUUGAGAAUCAAGUUCAUAUAUAAAAGUUAAAAUGGAAAGAAAACAAAGCUUAGUAUCAAUAUUUUACAGUGGCAACUUCAGGAGCUGUGCAAUUCAAUGAAUAGAUAACCAAAAAAAAGGCAAUAUUACAUCUAUUUGUAGUAGUAAGCCCAAUCAAUGCCAUGUGACAUUUUCUGGAGUAUAUAUUCAUUCAGUUGCAAAGCUGCUGAAAUUGCCAUUGUAAAAUAUUGAUAUAUUUUGUUUUCUUUCCAUUUUAACUUUUAUGUAUGAACUUGGCAGGUUAUAUUAAUUUGAUUUCUAGUUUCGUGUUUAGUAUUGUAGUUAAGGUGAAGCAAAACAAAUCCUGCUAUAAAAAUAAAUCCAAAUCUUCUUAGUUGAGAGAGAAAUGAACAUGUUUCAUAUCCCUCUUAACUGGGAGAAAAAUACUCAUCACAAAACAAUCCUUACCUUCAGAUUACACCUGGUUUUGCAUAACAUGCUAGGCCAAAAUAUGUUGUGGAAAUAUGGUUUAUUUAUAAUUGAAAAUAUGAUAUGAACUAAGGAAAUGGGUUAACAUAACAUAAUAAUAGAGUUGGAAGGGACCUUGGAGGUCUUCUAGUCCAACCCCCUGCCCAGGCAGGAAACCCUACACUAUUUCAGACAAAUGGCUAUCCUACAUUUUCUUAAAAAUUUCCAAUGUUGGAGCUAAUUUAGUAAAUUAUGUUUCAGCUAAUCACAAGUGUUGUGUCAGCAAAGCAAAAUAAGGAGACAUGGUAUCACAAACAAACAUUUUUCUAUCUACAAUUUCUGAGGGCCACCCAUUAGAUUCAGAAGAAAAUUCUUGAAAAUGAACCCUCUGCACAUAUCAGAAUUGGAGCACUGUGUGUAGGGUGAAUCCCUACCAUUCGGAUUCAGUGCUUGGGAUUGGCUUUAUGGUGUUCCACUGAAAAGUUUUCUGUAAAAGAAUUCUCUAGAAUAAAAUUUUGCCACCAAAACAACAAUGAAGAUAGAGAAAAUAAGAUCCUUACGUGUGUAUCCUGUAACCUACAUCUUCAGAUUCCAAAAGGAUUCAUAAACGAUCUUUUUGGAGCGAGAAGGAUUGGUAAAAUGAAAUAAAGUUGCACUUCCAGUGAGUUUGAUUCCUACUUUCUCCAUAAAUAAAGUAGCAUACCUACUUGUAUGCUAGAUAGUAUAAGAUGCAGGGGUGAAAUGCUCCCGAUUCGGACCGGAUCACCUGAUCCGGUAGCGAUGGCGGCGGGUGGUUCAGAGAACUGGUAGCAAAAAUCCCUGCACCCCCAGCCGCGCCCAUGCCCAGCUAAGCCAUGCGAUAAUCAGAGUUGGUUUUUUUUACUUUUAAAAGUAUUUUUUCUUCCGCCGAAAAAAUGCUUUUACUGUAAAAGUAAAAAAAAGAGGCUCUGAUGAUCGCGCGGCUCAGUUGGGAUUGUCACCCUUUAAAAGCAUUUUUUCUACAGCCUCUUCAGCCAGAGGCUGUAGAAAAAAUGCUUUUAAAAGUAAAAAAAAAAAAAAAAAGUUGGCCACGCCCACAGUCACAUUAAACACCCCCAAGCCACACCCACAGAACUGGUAGUAACAAAUUUUACAUUUCACCCCUGAUAAGAUGGCAUGAAAAUUCAUCUUUCUAGAAAUGGCAGAAUUAUGUUACUCAAGCAAGAGAAUCCAAUUAUUUUUUCUAUUAAGUAUUCACAGAUUAUUUUUAUUCAUAGCCAGGUCAACACUAUUUAAUUAGUCUUUCAUUAUAUAGUAUAGCCAAUUGUAAUGUUUCAGUGCACGGGCACUUUGCUUCUUAUGUAACUAUAUACUCUUUCCAGUACAUAUUUUUCUUUUAAAAAUCAGAUUUUUUUAAACCUAAACAAAUAUAAUGCAUUGUACUCUUUGAAUUGUUUAUAUCAAAUGUUGAAUGGGCUGGACCCAUUAAUGUAUGGAAUGUUAUAAUCUAUUAAUAUUGUUUGCUCUAUUAAUAUUGUUUGCUGCAUAUAAUAAUUGUACAAUUGCCAACAAGAUUUGAGCCUAUAACAAUGUUUUAAUUUAACCUCUAGUAAGCAAUACUAAUAAAUGUUUGUAAUUUCUGUGACAUGGUCUUUCAUAGAUAACAAAAAUUAAAUGUAAUUGAAGAACAGUUCUUGCAAGAUUCUUCAUGGAUAAAAUAACCUAUUCAUUAUAAUAUGUUAGACAUCACUUGGAUAAUCUUAAAAUAAUUGAGGUAACUGACUGUGAAGUCAUCUUAGAUUAUCUUGAAAAAAAUCUGAAAAUAUAGGUAGGGUUCUAGGUGGUAUGAGCUCUGCUACCUAUGGCUUAACUUACUCCUGCCUGGCUACUUAAAACAUCUACAGAGGCAUGCAUAUAUGGAAAUGGAAAGUAAUUAAUACUCUUUAUGAGAGACGAUUGUGUUGUCAGCUUGAAAUAAUUUAUCCCCCCCCCCCAAAGAUCAUCUCUAAAUCUGGCUGCAUUAGAUAACAUUUUUUUCAACUUUCCUUAUUUUGGUGAAGAUUCUGGGGAAGAUAGUGAGAUUUCAGUUAGGGAGUCAUAAUGAAACAGAUAACCUGGAUCUCUUUCAAUCAAGCUUGGUUAUUAUUAUCAAAUGUCAUUGGUUACUGUCAGGUUGAUUAUUUUUGUUAGGAUUGGAUGGUACAGGCAG